ACUCGCAGGCGGCUCCUAUGCCAAGUUUACAGGUUAGUGUAAGUAAAUUUGCAGUCGAAAAAAUCAAGUGAAAUCCUCUUCGUUCCUCGGUGUUUUAGUUAUUUUUAUUUUUAUUAUUAUUUGAAUUUUUUUUUUACUCAAUUAUGUGUGUGUGUUCUGUAGUUGUAAUAUUGUAACAAUAAUAAUAACAAUAUUAAUAUUUUUAUUAUUUACUUUUAUAACGUGUGCCCUAUUACGCGAUUGCACGCCAUUGCUGCUGCCCCGGAUUCGACAUAAUUAAGUUUACCGUAUGAUGAGUUGGAAAUAUAAUAAUGCCAGCCGCAAGCAAUCAAAUAGGUUCUGCUUUGUUUCAGUCUCUUUCUAACAAAGUUACUGAUCGCCGCACUCACCAUUCAUCUGUGGCAGACGACCGUUCUAGUUACUUAUACAUAGCAUCAAGUAGAAUUUUAGAUAAAAGUAUAGAAUUUGAAAUGUUAGACCAUAAACCAUCAAUGUUAUCUCAGAUGAAAAACAAUUGUAUCAUGUUACUACAAAAUGGUUGUAGUAAAAAAGAAAUGAUUAAAAAAAAUGAAAGGCUGAAUGGUGAUACUAACAAAAUAUCCCAUUUACCUAAACCUAAAGUAGUAUUAUAUCCUCCUGAACGUGUACAACUAGGCUGGCAGGAUAAAAAAAUGUCAGUUGGUUCUGGAUUAGAUAAUCCUGGUGUAAUAUGUUACAUCAAUUCUACAUUACAAGCACUAUUUCAUAUUCCUGCAUUUACAAAUUGGCUGAUGAGUGAUGAACAACAUCAAAAAACAUGUCAACAAAAAACUGGAUUUCAAAAAGAUUGUAUUGUAUGUAUGGUCUGUAAUACAUUCACAUUAUCUCAAAAACACACUGGUUCUAGCUUCAAAGCAUCAAUCAUAACUAAUCGCCUAUCAUUAAUAUGUAAACAUUUGUCAACAUAUCGUCAAGAAGAUGCCCAUGAGUUCCUUCGUUACCUUAUCGAAAGUAUGGAACGGUGCUAUUUGUCCGUUUUAGGACAUGCUGCUAAAUCUCUAGACAAUUAUUCUAAAGAAACAACACCUAUUAACCAAAUAUUUGGUGGUUAUAUCCGCACUGAAGUAACGUGUGGUAAAUGUGGACACAUAUCAACUACAUUUCAACAUUUUCAAGAUCUCAUACUUGAUAUCAGGCACUCUGAUAAUGUUAAUGACGCUUUAGAUAACUAUUUUGAAAAAGAACCAUUAGAUGAAUCAUAUGUAUGUGAAAGAUGUCGACGACAAGUUGCUGCUGAUAAAAAGUUCUCCAUUGAAAGAGCCCCAAACGUUUUAUGCAUUCAGUUGAAAAGGUACAGUGUUGGUAUGGGUGGAUUUAGUGGAAAUAAAAACAGCAAAGCUAUUCAAAUAAAUGAACGAUUAGAUUUAUCCAGUUAUCAAUUUGAUCAUCAUAAGUUUAAAAUUGAUGCUCGACCAUUAAGAUACCAUCUGGUAUCCAUGGUAAUUCAUUAUGGUUCAAGUUUACAUAGUGGACAUUACACAACUCUUGGUUUAACACCCUCUGGAUCUUAUUACUAUUUCAAUGAUUCAAAUGUUUAUCAAACAAAUUUCAAAAAUUAUUCGACAAGUAAUGAUUCCUAUAUAAUAUUUUAUGAAUUGGAACCAUCAGAAAACAUGAAUAACACAAAUAUAGAAAGUAAGACGUCGACUGUAACGUCUACUUCAACUUGUAAACCGUCUGUAAAUGGCUUUUUUUCUAACAAGAGCAAUGGAGUUACAAAGCCUUUAAACGGUGUUACAAAACCAUUGAACGGUUUAAACAAUAUUAAAAAAAAUAUUAUCAAAGACAAAAAAAGUCAAAUAUAUGAUAAAUGGGAUUCAAAUAUUAAAAUGUUAAAACAAGGACAGCAAAAAGAUAAAUCACUAAUUGAGAACACUUGGAAUUCAAAUAGUAAAACAAUGGAACCUACAACUAAUGGAAUCAAACCAUCUUUAAAUUAUAAUAGCUUAGUACCUUAUAUUGAUUCUGAUAAAGAAGGUAGUGAUGAUGAGAAUAGUUCACUAUCUGGUGAAGAUAAUGUUUCUUCGCCUAUGAUAUUAGGAAAAGUCAAACACUCAACAGACCAAAGAGUUCCUGAUAAAAAGCCUUUAGUUAUGAGACCUAAGGAAGAUCCUAGUGAAGUUGCUACAGAAACACCUCCUAAAAAAUGUCUGGUAUUGAAACCACCAAAUGAUGAUUCACCUAUUAAUGAACAAGACAAAGAAAUUCUACCAGCAAAAAAAUGUUUAGUAUUGAAGCCUAUAGAUGAAGAACCAUUGGAAGUGAAACCUGAACCUGAACCUGUCAAAAAAUGUUUAGUUAGAAUUCCAAAAGAUGAUAAUGAAUUUUCUACUAUUACUAAGGCAUCUCAUUCCACUGAAGGAAAAGAUUCAGAAAAAAAAAACCGCAGGCGGGAAAAUGGAUUUUUGGAAUUGGAUGUUAAUAAGUCCAAAGCCCGACUUGAUCACAAUUACAAUGGAACUAAGUCACCAACUGAUAACAAAACAAAUGGAAAGUGUGUAAACGGAAAUGAUUCUCUUGAUGAUAAACCUUGGAGUAAGUUAUCAAAUGGGAAUAAUCAUAAACAUUCAAAUGGGACAAAGAACUGGCCCAAGUUUACCAAUGACUUUCAAACUAAUGGUAAUAUUAAAUCAAAUGGCAACAAUUUUAAAGAUAGUAUGAAGUCACGAACGCAUUUGGGUUUUGGUGGAGAUGUUAAAACCUGGAAUGGUGAAAAAAGCUUUGUAGACCGAGAGGCUGAACAGGAUAAAAGUAAUGGAGUUAAACGUUCAUUUGAUGAUGAAUACAAUGAAGAUUUUGAUAGAGGGGUUGUAAAAAAGAAGAAAUUUGAUAGUAAGAAUCACCACUCAAAAGAAAAUGGUUCCAAUGCCUUGCAAAUGUUACAUAAUCAAUUAAAUCAAUUUAAUGGUAAAAUGGGACGAAGUAAAAUCACUUGGAUGAAUCGAACCAAAAAUUACAGACAAUAUAACAAUGGAUAUCGUCACAAUGGCAGUAGUGGAAAUAGUGGCGGAGGAUAUAAGAAACCCAGGUAUAAUAAUAAUCGUCGCCAUUGGCAUAAACAGCGUUAGAUAUUUUGUGUUUAGUUUUGUACAUCAAAAACAUUUUGUGAAAUGUUAUAAAUUAUAAUAUUAUUCUAGGUUAAAAUACAAUUUAGAAUGAAUAAGUUAAAUAUGACAUUUAAAAAAAAACUAAACCAUAUUUUUAAUAAAUAAAUUAAGAUUAAUUAGAAAUUCCAUUGCCAACUACCUUGAUUUCAGCUUGGCUAUUCUAGUCUAGCAAUUUAAGUAUUGUAUUUUUGAUAAUUUAUCAUCUGGAAAAAUUGUUGUUUAUGCAUUUUAUAAUUACACUGGUAAUAAGAACAUCUUAUUGAUAUCUGUUGUAAAUAUUGGACAACUAUUUAAUAAUUUUUGCAAAAUUUCUCAAAGUUUUUCAAAUUUUCAAUUUCAAUUUUUAGGCAAUAUUAAACUCAUUAUUUCUUACUAAAUAAAUAGUUAUAUAGUGCUUAUUUUUAAUUCAAUUUUUCAAAACCAUUUAUUUUUAUUUCAUGAAUGUAUUGCACUAUUUAUCUCUUUUUUUAUUUUAGUUAGUAUAUUUUCUGUUUAUCAAGUUCCAUUUUUAAUUUUCCUUCACUGACAUCUAUUUAAAUAAUAAAACAAAAAACUUUUUAUUUUAAUUUUCUUAAUGUAAAGUAGAAAUAGUUUUUUUUUAAGAUUAUUGGUUUUUUUUUUAUAUAUAUAACCCGUCAUUUGUUCAAUUUAAUUUUUAAUAAAAAAGGGCAAUUAACUUAGAUAUUUUUUUGUAUUAUAAUGAUAAUUAUUUUUAUAAAGUUUGUUUACUUAAUAAAUUAUGUAUUUAUGUAGGGUGGGAAGGGAUUUAGAUUAGUUAUUACCUGUAAAAAUAUUGUCCAUUUUCCCUAUUUAAGUUUAGAAAAUAAAACAAGUUUUUUCAAGUGUAUUUGGAUGCUGAAAAUGUUAGCAAUGUUUAAAGUUUUUAAGUAGUUCCCACUUAAUAUUCAAUUACCGUCUCGUGAUUCGUAAAAUAAAAUUGUGUGCACGCGUUGUUAGUAUGACUACUUGUAAUUUUUUUUAAAUUUCUAAGUUUAUAGGCUCUACUGAAGCGCCUGUUGUAAUAACAAUGUUUGUACUCCGAUUUUCACGGUCGGUUCCUAACUUCAGAACAUCCAGACUACAGUGUUGUUGUUGUUAUUAUUAUUACCAUUUUUAUAUAUAUAUAUAUGUCUACAAUCAAUAGGUCAUUAACGAAGUAAAUAUUUUGUUUUAACCUCUGAAUAGUAAAAAUUUUGAUUUUUCUUGUAUAUAAACUGUGUAAUUAAAUUUAUUUAAAUACUAUGCGUAUACAAUAUUACUUUGUUGAAAUCUUAAACACAAACAUUUCACUUAUAAUCUCAAAAUAAAUUUAUGUAUAUCUAUAUAAUACUAAUAAUAUAAUAUAUACAUGCAUACAUAAAUAUAUUAAUGACAUUUUAUUGAUGCAUUAUAAUUUAUAAUGUAUGGUUUUUAAAGAUAAAACACCUUGAUACUGUUAUUCUAUAUGCAUUGUAAACUUGAAUAUAAGAUAUGUCUAAAAUAUGUAAAUAAAUGUUUAUGUGUAUUGUGUACCUAUCAUUUGUAAAAAUUGAAUUGUAUUGCUUAAAAAUAAUUUUUAAUGUAUAUUUAGAUAGACAAAUAUUGUAAGAUGACUAUUAUGUGCGAUUAAAUGUGAAGUAUGAAUUGAAAAAAUAAAUAAAAAUUUACA